CGCUGUCCGUGUCUGUAGUGGUGACGUGUCUCUAAAGUUUCUCCUCCUCCUCUCCUCCUCCCGGCGGCUCCGCUCAGUCAGUAGUGAGGUUGAGUUGGCUCAGAUUUACAUGGUAAAGGAGCACAGAGGUGGCCAGCUAGGACAUCAUGGGCAUCAAAUUCCUGGAGGUGAUAAAGCCGUUCUGUGCAGUUCUGCCAGAGAUCCAAAAACCUGAAAGAAAGAUCCAGUUCAGAGAGAAGGUAUUAUGGACUGCCAUCACUCUGUUCAUCUUCCUGGUGUGUUGCCAGAUCCCCUUGUUUGGCAUCAUGUCCUCAGACUCUGCAGAUCCCUUCUACUGGAUGAGAGUCAUUCUGGCUUCAAACAGAGGUACCCUUAUGGAGCUGGGUAUCUCGCCUAUCGUCACCUCAGGCCUGAUAAUGCAGCUGCUUGCUGGAGCUAAGAUCAUCGAAGUUGGAGACACGCCAAAGGACAGAGCUCUGUUUAAUGGCGCUCAGAAAUUGUUUGGAAUGAUCAUCACCAUCGGCCAGGCCAUCGUGUACGUGAUGACCGGCAUGUAUGGAGAUCCUUCAGAGAUGGGUGCAGGAAUCUGUCUGCUCAUCAUCAUUCAGCUGUUUGUGGCUGGAAUGAUUGUGCUGCUGCUGGAUGAGUUGCUUCAGAAGGGCUAUGGUCUUGGUUCAGGAAUCUCACUGUUCAUUGCGACCAACAUCUGUGAGACGAUUGUCUGGAAGGCCUUCAGCCCCACGACAGUUAACACUGGAAGAGGCACAGAGUUUGAGGGAGCAAUCAUUGCGCUUUUCCAUCUGCUGGCCACUCGGACAGACAAAGUGCGUGCUUUGAGAGAGGCCUUCUACAGACAGAACCUGCCCAACCUCAUGAACCUCAUUGCCACAGUCUUUGUCUUUGCUGUAGUGAUAUACUUUCAGGGAUUCAGGGUUGAUCUGCCCAUCAAGUCUGCCCGCUACCGUGGCCAGUACAACACCUAUCCCAUCAAGCUCUUCUACACCUCCAACAUCCCAAUCAUCCUGCAGUCUGCUUUGGUCUCCAACUUGUACGUUAUCUCCCAGAUGCUUUCCACACGCUUCAGCGGCAACUUCCUGGUUAAUCUGCUGGGCACUUGGUCUGACACAUCAUCAGGUGGUCCAGCCCGAGCCUACCCUGUAGGUGGACUCUGUUACUACCUCUCCCCCCCUGAGUCAUUUGGUUCUGUUCUUGACGACCCGGUCCAUGCAGUCAUCUACAUUGUCUUCAUGCUUGGAUCAUGUGCCUUUUUCUCCAAAACCUGGAUUGAAGUUUCAGGCUCCUCUGCCAAAGACGUGGCGAAGCAGCUGAAGGAGCAGCAGAUGGUGAUGAGGGGACACAGAGAAACCUCAAUGGUCCAUGAGCUGAACAGGUACAUUCCUACUGCCGCUGCCUUUGGUGGGCUGUGUAUCGGUGGUUUAUCAGUAAUGGCAGACUUCCUUGGAGCCAUUGGCUCUGGCACUGGUAUCCUGCUGGCCGUCACCAUCAUCUACCAGUACUUUGAGAUCUUUGUGAAAGAACAGAGUGAAGUUGGCAGCAUGGGGGCCCUGCUCUUCUAGAAAAAGCCAAUGUCCUCCCACCUUCAAUCAACUUUUAUUACAAUCACCAACUUUGCAUUUGUUUUACAUCUAUAUGACGCCCCUGCAUCGUCAGCUCUCGAGUUUGAGGAAUCUUCAGGAAUCUCGGCUGAAAUGGGACCUAGUGAGUUGGUGGGGCUGCACACAGCUUGUUGCUCCCUCUGUGAAUAACACCAAGACCAACUUUUUUCAGCUGUACUUCACCAGAUUUUCUAACUGACUCGAGAUUAUAGCUCCCCAGGAUUCAUUUAAAGGCUUCUGUUGUGGGUGAGGUGGAGUCCUGCAGGGGUUUGGUCCUUUUUUCAGACUGACUAUAGAGCGCUUCAGUAUGCCGGCAUACUUGACCAGGAUGACGGAGGUCAACUGCCUGUUGCGUGCAAAGAAGCACUCGAUGUUCUGCUUGGUGUUAUCUUAGUUUAUACUUUUUAUUUUCAGCUGUAUUUUAUUUUUUCUGUCAAACUGGCAAUUCAAGAAGGUGUGGACCAGAAGCUGAAUCAAGUACUGUCAUUUCUCCUGAUUUGUGACCCUGUGUUAGAGCUGUGGUUUCAGCAGGGUCUUGUGAGAAGAGAGAGGAUGUGGAGCUCACAUUGGGGUCCAACUGUCAAAAGAAAUUUGUUCAUCUUAUUUUUGUGAACCAUUCAAAGAUAAAAAAAGAAAGAAAAGAAAGGUCCUCGCUGUUUUACUGUAUGGCAUUCCCAGGGAGAUGCAGUAUUAACUCACAUGUCACAUUCAUUUUUUUUGUUGCCACUUCCUUAAAUUUAUAUUGUUCUGUUUUUUUUAAUUGUCUGCUCUAAGCAUACUUACUUUAAUCACUUUUCCACAACUGACACAUUAUGAUUUUCUGUACAUAGACCAUGCAUUAAAUAAUUUGAAUUUGUCUUCAGUGUAAGAUAAAAGUCUUUUGAAUAUGUAAAGAGAAAUGCAUUUCAGAACAAACUUAUAGAAAACAUUCUCAAUAAAACCUUUUGUGGAAAAAGGCUCAA